GAUUAGCAUUGCCUGCAUCUCACUCCUGAACUCGCUUGCCAUGGUCAAUCGCACUUGGCAGAGCAUCUGCCGUCCCAUGAUGUUCAGCGAGCUCCACAUUGGAACUCUGGCUCAAUUGCGCCGCUUGUGCGUCAUCCUCAAGACCGCAAAGAUCUCAAAUCCUCCACACAAGGUGCACAUAAAUCCCGACAGAUAUUCGCAACCUGAAGACCACAAACUCCCCAUUCCGAGUCUGGCAUUGGCUCUUUCAUCUUUGGGUCUCCAUCUUCGACAGACUAGCAAUAUUCUGUGCAAUUACUGUGACUCCUACCUGCCCGACAUAUUUGCGAUACGAGAGGCUCCACCCCGAAUUGAGGCCGCGGUCUCUGCCCUUCUUCGUCCAUUACAACACCUCACCCACCUACACUUGGGUGAUAUGAAGUUCAGAUCUGUAACUCAGCUCCUCGGUAUCAUCCGCGCCCAACCCCACAUCCAACACAUUUACCUCGAGUGGAUAGAGGUCUUGCAGGCCACCGAACGGUUCUACUGGCCACCGAAUCUUGCUCUGACAAGCCUGCAACAUUUCAAAUUGGAUCAUUGCACCGUACCCGCGAAUACAAUUCCGAUAUUCGUCUCACUUAUGCUCGGAGGCAAACCAAAUUUUACCCCUUCGCCACCUGGCGUUCCCCAACACUACUCACAACAGCCUGGCCACUCUCAUAGUUCACGGCGGAUCCACCAUGACGACCAGAAUGUCCUGGUAGAGAUUGCUCAAGUUCUAGGGCAGCAUUUAUGUAGUCGGCACAAUCACUCUGAUGGUGCAGCAGUAUGCAAGUUCGAAAUCUCUGCAGCUACUGAUCUAUUCAAAUCGGGAAAAUGGUUCCUAAUGCUUGGUGGUGAGGUUUAUUGAAUACCUGCUCAA